AUGGGAAGUGUAUCAGACCUCAUUGAAGAGUCUGUGGGUGUGGCAACUGCUAAUCCAUUACAUCAGGCAGAAAGUUUUGUGCAGAGGUAUAAAAUAGGGAAGUGCCUGAUAGUGCCCAACACCAUCCGCUGUUCCAGGGACAUCUACGUGAAGCACAUCAUGGAGCAAUGCCACAAACGAGAAAUUAGUAUGAGGAAACUAGAUAGUACCAAACUUCGACCACUGAAGUAUGAGCAGAUUCUUCGCAUAGAGGAGCAUGAUUUUGCAAUGAGACCUGGAUUUGGAGGGUCACCAAUCCCAGUAGGCAUUGAUGUGCAGAUAGAAAGCAUUGACAGCAUUUCUGAAGUUGACAUGGACUUCACAAUUACUUUAUACCUCAGACAUUACUGGAAAGACGAGAGGCUUUCAUUUCCUAGUACCAAAAACAGAAGCAUGACCUUUGAUGGAAGACUGAUAAAGAAGAUCUGGGUACCUGAUGUGUUCUUUGUCCACUCCAAGAGAUCUUUCAUCCAUGAUACAACUAUGGAGAAUGUCAUGCUCCGGGUAUACCCUGAUGGCAAUGUACUCUUCAGCCUACGGAUAACAGUUUCUGCCAUGUGUUUCAUGGAUUUCAGUAGGUUUCCUCUGGACACACAGAAUUGUUCUCUAGAACUGGAAAGCUAUGCUUACAAUGAAGAUGACCUGAUGCUGUACUGGAAACAUGGGAAUGAGUCAUUAAGCACAGAUGAACACAUCUCCCUUUCCCAGUUCUUCAUUGAAGAGUUCAGUGCUUCUAGUGGACUAGCUUUCUACAGCAGUACUGGUUGGUACAACCGACUCUUUAUAAACUUUGCCCUAAGGAGACACAUUUUCUUUUUUGUGCUACAGUCUUAUUUCCCAGCUAUGCUGAUGGUGAUGCUGUCAUGGGUUUCAUUUUGGAUUGACAGAAGAGCUGUCCCUGCCAGGGUAUCACUAGGUAUAACUACUGUGCUGACAAUGUCAACUAUAAUCACAGGAGUAAGUGCCUCAAUGCCUCAGGUGUCUUACAUAAAAGCUGUGGAUAUAUACUUAUGGAUCAGUUUUGUUUUUGUCUUCCUGUCCGUCAUUGAAUAUGCAGCUGUGAACUAUCUCACUACAGUAGAAGAGAGAAAACAACUAAAAAAAAGAGGGAAGGUGCCAGGAGUGUAUAAUCUUGAUGCAGUGCAAGCAAUGGCCUUUGAUGGCUGCUAUCAUGACACUGACCUUGACUUGGCUGAUUUGUCAGUGCACUCGGAAGAGAGCUCAUCUCGGGGACGUGCAGCCAGCAUCCCCAACGUGGACACAACGCGUGUAAAGAGGAAGAGAUCCUUGAAAGGAAAUGUGGGCAGGAUUAUUUUGCAGAACAAUCAUGUCAUUGACACAUAUUCCAGGAUUAUAUUUCCAAUUGUAUAUAUUAUAUUCAACUUUUUUUACUGGGGUUUGUAUAUAUGA